AUGGAGGCUCCGGCCCAGGACUCGGGGCAGGGAAGCAUCCCCAAGGCAGAUCCCCAUGGAGCUGACAGGGGCCAGGAGGAGAGGCCCAAGACGGAGCUAAAGCCCCUGGCAGAGGAUCAACCCAAAAGAUGCCUGUCUCAGGAGGGAGACCUGCAUGGAUGGACAGCGGACAGCAGAACAACUCCCCCCAGUGGGGGCUCCCGGAGCUGGGGCCUUGGUGUGAGCUCCAGCCCAGGGACCCGUCAGAGUGCAGGAACUGGACCCCUGGCGCAAGAACCAUGUGGCCCCACCUCCUCUCAGGCCCCUGACCUGGUCACCCCCCAGGGGCCGCAGGCCGGGGAGGGCCCCUGUCAGUGCCCAGUGGGUGUCAAGGCCUCCAACCAUAACUCCUGCCUGGUGUGGCAUCACAGAGCACCCCCUGGGGAGAAGCCCCCACUGUGUGACCACUGUGGAGGCCAAGCGCCACUCUGGAGCCAUCGUGGGGCCCAGCUGUGUGGGGUCCACACAGACUACCCACCCUGCGAACAGGGCAUGGGUGCCCAAACCUUCCCUAGGACCCUGCAGCGGACCCCCCUCCAGCAGAGCCCCUUGGUGGAUCGCGUGCGCCGGUGCGGCGAGGCCUUUGCCUGGAGGGCCCCACUGGCACCGCAGGAGCUGAUGCAGGAGGCCCAGGAGCCCCUCCCGUGUGCCGGUUGCGGGAAGUGCUUCGGUCCCAACGAGCAGCAGCUGAUGGGCGGGGGCCCCUCGAUGUGUCCCCAGUGGGGCCAGGCCUCGGGUCCUCGCCCCGGGGUGCCGGGCCCCCGAGCCCAGCGGCUGUACGCGUGCCACGAGUGCGGCAGGGCCUUCACGCGCACGUGGAGCCUGCUGCAGCACAAGCGCAUCCACACGGGGGAGGGGCCCUACCAGUGCCCCGAGUGCGGCAAGGCCUUCGUGCGCUGCUCCGGCCUCUACCGCCACCAGAAGACGAACUCUGCCGAGCAGCUCGGCCCGGCCCUGGCCAGGAGGGCGUUCCUGCUGGGGUGCCCGCCCUGCGGGGGCUGUGGCAACGGGGCCCCGCGGCCCCCACGGGCGCCCGUGGCCGGGGAGAAGCCGUACAAGUGCGUCGAGUGCCCCAAGGCCUUCGGCCUGUUCUCACACCUCGUGGAGCACCGGCGCGUGCACACCGGUGAGAAACCGUACGCGUGCCCCGAGUGCGGCAAGGCCUUCAACCAGCGCUCGAACCUGAGCCGGCACCAGCGCACGCACAGCAGAGCCAAACCCUACGCGUGCCCGCUGUGCGAGAAGGCCUUCAAGGGCCGCUCGGGGCUGGUGCAGCACCAGCGCGCGCACACCGGCGAGCGGCCCUACAGCUGCCCAGAGUGCGGCAAGGCCUUCCGCGGCUGCUCGGAGCUACGCCAGCACGAGAGCCUCGAGCAGCCCUUCGUCUGCGCCGACUGCGGCAAGGCCUUUGUGCGCAACUGCAGCCUAGUCCGCCACCGGCGCACGCACACAGGCGAGCGGCCCUACGCGUGCGGCCCGUGCGGCCGCGCCUUCAGCCAGCGCUCCAACCUCAACGAGCACAGGAAGCGGCACGCGGGCGGCGGGGACGGCGGGGACGGCGGGGCCCCUCUCCCGGAAACCUCUCCAGCGUGCUGA